UUGUUUAUUGUGUUAGCUUGGCGCAGCUGCAGUGUAUGAGGGAGUCUCUCCAGCCGAAAUUGUCAGUUGAUGCGAGGACAUGGUGAAAGUGGGAGGACAGAGGGGAGACAUGGUCACGCCGUCACUGUGUCUAAUGGACUAACACUGUUUGUGCGGGCUUGAGAGCUGCACUCCCCCGGGGAAUGAAAGCACUGUGCUGAAUAUCUUUUGGUGACGACCUGCUGCUCUGUGGGCUAAAAUGGGGAACGGAUUAUCAGAUCACCAGCCCCUCCUCCCGUGCUUACCCUCCUUCAAGGCUCUUCACAUCGUCAUUCUCGGGCUGGACUGUGCCGGCAAGACCACCGUGCUGUAUCGCCUGCGAUUCAACGAGUUUGUGAACACCGUCCCAACAAAGGGUUUUAACACAGAAAAGAUCAAAGUGUCAAUCGGAGGAGGCCGGCGGACGGCGUCCUUCCACUUCUGGGACGUCGGCGGCCAGGAGAAGCUGCGGCCGCUGUGGCGCUCCUACACUCGAUGUGCCGACGGCAUCGUGUUCGUGGUGGACUCCGUGGACACCGAACGCGUCGAGGAGGCCAAGACGGAGCUGCACAAGAUCACGCGACUGGCGGAGAACCAAGGCGUGCCGGUUCUCGUCGUGGCUAACAAGCAGGACCUGAGGAACUCGCUGAGUCUCGCCGACAUGGAGAGCAUGUUGGCUCUGGGCGAGCUCAGCACCGCCACACCCUGGCACCUUCAGUCCGCGUGCGCCAUCAUCGGUGAGGGACUGCAGGAAGGCCUGCAGAAGCUGCACGCCAUGAUCACGAAGAGGAGAAAAAUACUGCGGCAGCAGAAGAAGAAGAGAUGAUGUGCCGGGGAGUGGAAGCAACUUAAUGUGAGCUGGAUCUGAGGCAACACGAGAGUGUGAACUGUGUGCAGUCUGCUGGUUUAUCGUGUUUUGCUACACAAAGAGACACAACAAUUCCAGUCCGGUUGUUCUGCCUUUUUGAAGUUUGACUGACCAAGUUUGAGUUCUCCAGUUGGAGAUCUCCUGGCGUUUGUUUACCAUGGAGGACAGUGGGAUUGAUUUAGGCUCUGUGGACUUUCCUCGGCAACAACAAGUCAUUUUAAAGGCAGUUUAGGAAAUUUAAGUUUACACUGAAGACUUGUCUUUAAUAUAUAAUUUGUAAAGAAAAAAAAAUGAAUUCAAGACAAUCCUUCAAACUGUGUGCGUCAUUAUAACGUGGGCACUAGAAAGUUGUACUCAAAUGUCAAAUAAAUUCUACUCAAGUAGAAGUAUAUUUACUUGUACACACAGAUAAAAGUAAGCAAACCUCACUGAGACACAUCUUAACAGAAUAAGGAGCUUUAAAUCAGGUCUAUAGAUGAACUGAUCUGUGUUGAGGACUAUAUUCAGCUGGCAUAUGGAAUACAUUCCUUUUCUAUGGACACUUUACAGCCUCACGAUCAGCUACAAACAUACACUUUCCUCAAGCCUAGUUUACACUACAGAAAAACUGAGCCUUACUAGUAUGGUCCAGAAAAAGUGCUACCAUUAUUAAAAAAAAAUGUAGCAAAGAACAUCAGUGUGCACAGUACUUUAGGGUAACAUUAGUCAAAAUAGUGUACAACUUUCUUUUACACCGUGAGGUAUAAUAACAGUAUGUUGCACAAUAGUUGAGUCCAGAAGUUUACACUCAUACUAGAUGCACAAGAAGAGGGUCGGGCCGCAACUAACGAUUGUUUUCAAAAUCAAUGAUUCUGUCCAUUAUUUUCUCAGUUAAUCAGAGAAUCUGUUUGGCCGAUGAAAGUUGAUCAGUAUUUCCCUUGAGAUGAUGAUGAUGAUGAAGAUGAACAUCUUAUUUAGUCUACAAACAAAAGCUCUUCAGUUUAAAUGAUUACACCAGAAGAUGAGAAAUCAGGGAGCUUAUCUUAUUUUGUUUAAAAAAACAACAAAAAACACACAUCCAUUAAUCAACUAUCAAAAUAGCUGCAACAGUCAAAGUUUUAGUGCAACCUUAGAAGAGAGCAAACUUCUUCUCAAGGCUUUUGCACAGCAAAUGUGUUUUUCUUGUUCAAUUUAUUUUCAUGUCAAUGUUGUUGUUUUUUAAGUGUAUUCAGUCAAUUGGAAUGGAAGCGUCAUUUUAUGUUUUCAUUUUCAGUUUUCAUUUUCAGUUUUGAUCUCAUCAAUGCACAUUGUCGAUGACGUAUUCCAAUAUGCAAAUGCACACAACUAGAUACCAACUCCACAUUUCUACCAAAGUCACCCCUCACUCGAUUGAGCAACAUCAUAUGUUUGUAUGACAGUGUAAAUGAUCAACUCGGAUUAGAAAGGACCGCUUUCUCUAUUUGCGUUGUUAUUACAGAUGUAUUGGUGUGAGCCAACAUGCCGUUUUAAUGCUAAAGAAGUUUAAAGUAAUUAAAAAAACUGUGUUAUCAGAUUUUAAAAAUGUACAAAUCAUAAUGAAGUAACCACCCUCAAAAAUAAGAUUUUGGUAAAAAUAUGUUAAAUAUCAGCUCUUAUUGGAUUCAUUCAGGUUGCCAAGUCACAGCUGAGCUGGCAAGCUAACUUGCUAACAACAUUAGCUCAUUUAUGUUCAACGUCGGUGUACAGUAUGUGUGAGCUGAAAUUGUCAGAAGCUAGGCUAACCUUUACUAAAAUAAUGGUCUAACCCACCUAUUGCUAACCAAAUACUUAGUAAUUUAGUAAUCUAAGUUUAUUCAAACACAUCAGUUGAUAUUUUUAUCUCCUCUCUAGCAAACUAGCAAACACAUGUUGCUUUCUCCAGCUGAUUAAAACCCUGUUUGGUCAUUCGCAAUACAUGUAGCUCAUGUAAAAUUAGCCACUGUGCUAACAUUAGUUUGCUGCCCCUGCCUGCCAGCUAAAUGUUUUAGCUAACUUUAGCUAGCUACUGUGUAUAUAUACACCACAUAGCACAGACAUAACUGUGUCUGUGCUAUGUGGUGCUAACUUACCACGGACAGUGAUUCAGCGGUAAUACUUGGUUGCUAGCUUUUCAUUUGACCUCUGUGAACCAUGAAAUCAGAUUUUCUUCAUUUCGAGUCAAUGUUUUAGUUGUUGUUUGGUCUACAUGUGCAGAAUUAGCUGUGAUAAAAGGUUCUGUAUGACACAAUCAACAGUUCAAUACAGAAUAUAUGAUUUUUAAAAACCGCCCAAGAGCCGUCACUUUGUUUUUUCCCCAUGGCUCUAAAAGGUGAGAAUGUUUUUGCUGAGGGAAGC